AAAAUAUAACAAAUAAACAGGAUCGAAAUGUUAGCGGGCGUACUCAUCGAGAUUCGUCCUUAUCUAAAAUGCGGCCAGGUGUAUAUCCAGCUCCAUCGUAAUGACGCCAGCAACAUGCGCGUCGUCAUCCUGGAGCAGCGAAUCUACAUUGAUGAUGCCGACUGUGGAACAGGGAAAUCCAUAGACACCGAGAUCAUGCGAGUAAACGAAUUCGACAUGGACCUCAGCAGCCUGUCCGGCUUCCUCUUGAGCGGCAAAAACAUGAGCUUUCGCUUUAGUUUCAACAGAAUAGCCGUGGCUGUCCUCGACAAACGGACGGUAAGGGUGCCCAUGAAGCCGCUGCUCCUUAGCUGCUGCGAGAAUGAAUCCCUGGCGAUCCAAUGCGUUGGCUGCCAGGCAGAGGUCGCCCCGCGGCGCAUCUACACGCGCCUUCGUGAGUUUCCCAAUUGCAUUGUGGAUCCGAAUGAGUUCUUUUGCCACGGCCACGACCAUGGACAUGGACAUGGACAUGGACAGGACAGGCCACACAGCCUGUUGCCGGGCGAGAAGGACCUAUUCUACGGCCUCAACAACGUGAUCAUACGGAUGGUCAAUCUGGCCAAAAUUGUGAGACGUGGCGAGCACUUGCAUUGCCAGCGCUGCAUGCGUUUCCUGGGCAUGGCCAUCUUCAAUGGAGAAGCGGCCAGACUGUGGGCCGAUACCGUUCGCUGGCUGCCGUCAGCUCAGAAAUCAGACGGACUGCCGCCGGCCAUCCGUCACUUCUUCCAGUUUUCCACCAUGACGGAGCUGGUGUUGCGCCUGCUCAACAGCCUGUGGCCCCAUGUGUUGCCAUCGAUAAACCUUACGGGCAGCCGCGCCGUUCUGUACGCCUCUCCCACGUCGCAGCAAAAGCAGUAUAUGCUCAUCCGAGUGGUGGAGCCGCAGCUGAGAGUGCUGCGGCGCAUCAGUGGGAAGGCGCCCGUGCUGAGCGGCUACUAUGCCAUCAAGCUCAGCUACGGCAUCUACGAAGACUGCCAGGAGGAGCCGCCGGAUAUCCUGCAGCGCUGGCAGGCCCACCAGGAUGUCUCCCAGUUUGAAAUCUCUCCCAAAAUGUUCAUGGAGCUGCGCCAGCGCCUCGACCGCAACGCCGAAUACCAACCCAUGGAGUGGCGCCGCAGUGCGAUGGAAGAAAAUCUCGUCCUUACGUACUUCAUAUACGAGGACGAGGCUCAGCCGGGCGGCAUUUACGUGGCUCGUGCGAAGCUUCCAAGCACAUACAGUAGCGACAGCGAUGACGAACAGUCGGAUCCAGGCAGCGUAACGUUCGGCCGAAGACGCAGCCCAAGUAUCAGACGUGCCAUAUCCCUGCCGAGCGUGCUCAAUGGAGAGUCCAACCGCCAGCGUCUGCUUAAUUGGCUGCUAGAGUCGCGCCUGAAUGCGGCCAAGAAGGCGUCUGGCCGCCAGCGCUUGGCAGAGUUGCAGCCGAAACUGAGCGACGGCUCUUCCUCAAACUGAUUCUCGUAUCCUCUCUUCAGACAGAGUGCAGAGCAGAGCUUAUGUUACUCUUACUUUCGUUCUUUGUGUUAGUUUUAAUAAGAAUUUAAUUUAAUUUGUAAUAUUUGACGCAUUUAUUUAAUCUUUACAAACAUUUUUCUCAACAAGUAUUAGCUAGAGGAAGUAGUGGAGGUGGAAGUUAUGCUAGUCCAGCUGUAGUACAGUGCGUUUCACGGCCAUGCGACCAGUGGCUGUGAUUUCUGGAUAGAUAUUUGGUUUUGUUUUUGGCAGGAGUGCAUGUCCAUUCAUGCCUCCUAACGCCGUGAAACGCACUGUACUAUGCAUCAAAAUUGUAUAUAUGGUGGAAAACCACAAAGUAAAAUUCAAAACAAUUAAGAAAAUAAAUACACACAUUAAUUCAUUUAAUGAGUUUUUGGAAAAGAAUAAGAGAAAA